ACAAGUUUCUCACUCUCCUGUGAGUAUUUCAACCUUCCAGGUUUACAUGCAGCUGGAGGGAUGGCAAAUGAUAGUCAGUCUAGUCGUAAAACUAAGACAACCCCAAGCUCUUCAACUUCAAGUGCACGGAAGUCUAAGCGUCUUGAGAAGAAAAAUCCAACAACCACUCUUUCAAGUGCUCGGAAGUCUAAGCGUCUUGAGAAGAAAAAUCCAACAACUACUCCGGUCAGGAAAUCUGAGAGAAUUGAGAAGCAAAAGAAUCCAAGUCCUUUGAGGAGGUCUACUAGGGGUAAAAUGCUUUCCUCAUCUGGUGCUUCUGGAUCAAAGAUGUCUUAUAAAAUCUCAGAUUUGUCAAAUAUGAAAAGGACAAUGGAGAAAAAGGAGAAAAAGGAAAAGUGCGUUAAACGGUUGACAUUCGAAACAAAACACGUUGACAAAAAUGAGAAUCCAAAUGAGGAACCUGUUAAGGUCAACGAGACAAGGAUGGAUGCUCGUCGUUAUAAGGAAUUGUUCAAGAAACUAAAAAAGAGGGUGAAUGUGCCUGAUUACUGUGAGGAACCAAACAAGAUUCUAUCAAACAGUAAUGGAGGAGACAGUGGUUCCAAUCAAGUUGAUGAUGGGAUUAAGUUGAUUGAAAGGCAAGAUAGAGAUCUUGUGGAAGAUUUUACUGCAAAAUCUGGUCGAAGAGCAUCAGAAUCUAAUGUGAACCAAUCUCCUAAGAAGACUUUGGAAGAUAGUGAUGGACAUGAGUCGUCUUCCACAAGCCUGAAACAUGGUCAUAGGGAAUCUUCUAAGAAGACUUUGGCAGAUAGUGUUAGACAUGAGUUGUCUACAACAAGCCUGAUGCAUGUUAAUUCAGUCGAAGAUUAUGUAUCCUUACAUAGAGACAGUUUGCAUGUUUUGGCAAAUGAAUUUGUGGCCAAGGAGACAAGUGAAGAUGAAGUGCUGGAGAAUAUCCAAACCCCAACCUCAGCAGAUUCUACAUUGAAUGAAAGGAUCCUUGAUUGUGAUAUCAGUUUGGAAACGGGCCACAUGCUUUCUAAGAGAAAAAGGGACACUGUAGACAUGGUUUCUGAUGCUCCCCUCAUGGUUGGAUGCAAAGAUAUGUGCACCUCUAUGGCUGAUUCAGUCACUCUGUUGCCAUCCAACUGCAAAGGCAAAGAUUUUGUUGAGAUGUGCCACGCAUGUUUUAAAAAACAAAGGAUGGGGCUUGACUCAUUGACGCAGGUGAAUUGCUCUUGUGAAACACAGUCAGACAACUUGUUUGACUCUCCUGCUAAGGAGACAUUGGCUAAGCAUGUAGCUAAUGAGUGCAAGUCAGAAUCCUCAAGGUUUAUAGAGUACUGGGUUCCUGUACAAAUAUCAAGUGUACAGCUUGAGCAGUAUUGUGCUACUCUACUUGAAAAUGCUUUAUCUCUUUGCUCGCCUUCAAGGAGUGACCCUGUUGGUGUUCUUCGUAAUACUCUUAUCUCUAUCCGAAAGUGCUGUGAUCAUCCUUAUCUUGUGGAUCAAUCACUUCAAAUGUUGCUCACUAAAGAUCUAAAAUUGGUUGAGUACUUGGAUGUUGGAAUAAAAGCUAGUGGCAAACUACAAAUUCUUGAGGCAAUGCUUUUGGAGACAAAGAAACAAGGUUUGAGAGCACUCAUUCUUUUCCAGAUUGGUGGUUCUGGAAGAGAUGCAAUUGGAGACAUUAUAGAUGACUUUCUGCGUCAAAGAUUUGGUCAAGAUUCUUAUGAACGUAUUGACUCUGGUUUAGUCCAUUCAAAGAAGCAAUCUGCUCUGAACAAGUUCAAUAAGGAGAAUGGUAGAUUUGUUUUUUUAUUAGAAACCCGUGCAUGUCUUCCCAGCAUCAAAUUGUCAUCAGUUGAUAUUGUUAUUAUGUUCAAUAGUGACUGGAACCCAAUGAAUGAUCUAAGAGCCCUGCAGAGGAUAACACUGGAUUCACAGUUUGAGCAGAUAAUGAUCUUUCGUUUGUAUUCAGCAUUUACUGUUGAAGAAAAGGUUUUGAUCCUUUCAAAACAAGAAAAGAUUCUUGAUAGCAUACAUAGCAUAAACCCUAGCACUAGUCAGACACUGCUUAUGUGGGGGGCUUCAUACCUCUUUAAUAAAUUGAAUGAGUUCCACGAUGGCAGUGCCCAAGCAUUUGAUACUACUAUAUUGUUUGAGCAAUCGCAUUUGGAAGAAGUGCUUCAAGAGUUCUUGAUCAUAGUGACUCAAAAUAGGGAAGACAGUGAUUUGAGCAAGUUGUCUCUAAUAUUGCAUGCAACACCUCAGGUAACUUACAGAACAGAUUUUCCAUUGUUUGGUGAGCAGAAAAUUCAAGUGAUAGAUGAAGAUCCACCUUUUAUGUUUUGGACAAAACUGUUGAAUGGAAAGUAUCCACAGUGGAAGUAUUCUUCCAAUUCAUCUCAAAGGAAUAGGAAAAGGGCAUCAGUGCAUCAUUUUGAUGAUUUUCAAGAGAAACCUGAAGCUGAGAGUGGUGAAGGUAUAAAGAAGCGCAAGAAAGUAGGCAAUGAGUUUGUUGAUUCCCCCUUUCUAAAAACUGGUUCUGAGGGGCAAAUGGUUGGUCAGAUGAAGGAAGGAAUCUCUGGAACUCCAGGGCCUAAUUUAUCUCAUUCUAUGGGUAGAUCAACUGCAUUGGUGAAUGAUAAAAGUCAGGGUUGCCAUACUUCUAACUCACAUCAUCUGGCAGCUAGUCACAUCGCAAAAAUACCAGGAGUUAACAUCGUUGAAUGUGAGAAACGAAGAAAACUGCGUGAUUCACAAAAGAGUCUUCAUGCUCUUUUGAAGCCAGAUAUAGCAAAGCUUUCUGAAGUUUUACAUCUGCCAGAAAAUGUUAGGGCCAUGGUUGAAAGUUUCCUUGAAUAUAUCAUGAAUAACCAUCAUGUCACUAGAGAACCGACAGCCAUAUUGCAGGCUUUUCAGAUAUCUCUGUGUUGGACUGCAGCUGCUUUGCUAAAGCACAAAAUCAAUCAUAAAGUUUCCCUUGAACUUGCACAACAGCAUCUCAAUUUUGGCUGCAAGAAAGAACAGGCAGACUAUGUUUAUUCAUUGUUGCAGUGUCUGAAGAAAAUGUUUCUGUACCACUCAGGGAAAUUAAAGGCCCCAAACCCUCCCAAAGCUUCAGAUCUGUCAACCAAAUGUAUUGGCAGUGAAGCCUGUAACCAGCAGGGAGUGAAAGACUUGAAGGUUUCUGAGUCCUCUGAGAAACAGGCCCUAAUUUCUCAGUCAGAAUUGGCCCUAGAAGUGCAGGAAGAUCUUCUAAAAAGUAUAGAAGAAAUUCAGAAAAAAUGUGAUAAACAGAUGAAAAAAAUUCUCCAGAGACAAAAGGAAGAAAUGGCAAAUUUUGAGAAAAAGUAUGAAGAAGAAAAGGUAGAACUUGAGAAUAAAAGGGAAAUGGAGGCAGCUGUUGUUCGUUUGCAUAGUACCAAAAUGACGAAAUCUGACAAGCUUAAGAAAUUGGAUGAUGAAUAUGCAAAAAAGAUUGAUGAGCUUGAAAGGCAGAGGGAUAUACACCUUAAAAGUCUUGAGGACAUGCAGGUAGCAACAAGGAACAAGGUUCGUCAGCGAAAGGAAUUGUGGGUGGAAUUAGUUAAAUCAUGGGCUCAGAAUGAAUUAGGAUUAGCUGGGUGCAAGACAGCCAUCUCUGCUGGCCAUGAUGUUGCUGUUGAAGGUAUGCCCAAUGGGGAGAUUGGACAGGACAUUCCUGCAAGUUUAAGAGAUAAUCUCGACAAUGCCCUUUCCGUGAGACAUUUGCCACAAGAUCAGAUUUGUGACAGAUCUAUGUUAAACAUGCCUGAUACAAAUAGGUUGCCUGAGGCUGUCAUUUCUGGUGGUGGUCCAGAGAAGGUUGACUCUGAAAAAAUGUCUUCAUCUAGAGAGCAAGUUCCUGAUGGAAGCACAUUACGCAGGGCCAGUGGAGAAGUUCCCUUGGGGGCAUCUGAGGUUGUUGGUGAAACUGAAGGUCAUAAAGACAUCCCCUUAGUAACUCCCUCAUUUUCUGGAGACCAGAAUCCUGAUGGAGCAACAUCUACUGUGCCUUAUGGAGAGGCUUUGCCGAGCACACCUGAGAUUGUCAGUUCCAGUGAUGGUCUGCUGAAUGUUCUCCCCAUGAAUCUUGCUUCAUUGAAGGAAAAGAUUCUUGAUGUAUCUGGCUCCUACAUUCCUGAUGAUGUUCCAUUGGGGGCAGAGUCUGAAACCGCUCCUGGUAAUGUAGAGGAGGGUGAUAAUAUCUCCACAAGGCACUCAUUAACCAUGCCAGAUGGCGAGGUACCAGCAAGCACACCUGAGGUUGCCAUUUCUAGUGACACUCCAGAUAAUGUUGUUUCUGUGAAUCACUCUUCAGCAGAAGAACAAAUGCCUGAUGUUGCACCAUGCAUUCCUAAUGGUAAGGUUCCUUUGUCUGAAUCCCACUUUGCUCCUAUGGAGUUACAAGAUGGCGAUAACGCUAGUGGAGAGAAUGAUGGUGUAAGUGAUAACUUCCCCAUCAGGAACUCUUUGAGCAUUCCAGAUGGGGACGUUGAAGCACGUGCACCUGCGGUAACUGCAUUUUGUGUGUUUGAUAGAGAUAUCCCAUUGUCAGAUCCUGAAUCAGCUACUAGGGAAGUACGAGAAGGUGGAAAUGCUGAGAAAGAGAAUAAUGUUGCCAUAGGAGUUGACCAGCAGGAUGGUAUGGUCUCUUCUGUCAAUCAGGAACCUCCGUUCCCAGAAGCAUCUAUGGUUGCUUCAUCUUGCAUUUCUGAUCCAUUGUCAGACCCUGAAUCUGCUACUAGGGAAAUACCAGAGGGUGGAAAUUCUGAGAGAGAGAAUAAUACCGCCAUUGGAGUUGACCAGCAGUAUGGUAUUGAUAUGGCAUGUUCUGUCAAUCAGGAACCUCAAUUCCCAAAAGCAUCCCUGACAGAUUCUUUCCAAACACAGCACGCACCUGCCUUGGCCCAGUGUAACCCAUUGCGUUUGAAUCAGGUUGAGCCUGGUGGACGUGCUCCUCCAUCUACAGGCUCUGAAUUGCAAGCUGGAGAUGCAGUAAAUAUUCAAACACAGAGUAGUUCGCGCGUAGUUGAACCAUCACCUUCUAACUCUGUUUCGAAUCAGACACUUAGUCAAAACGAUCUUGGUGCCCGUGUUACAGAGCUUGGAGCACUAGUGCAGCCAUCGAGUUCAAGAGGGUCCCCUUCAAACCUCAAUCAGUUGUAUGAACUUCAACCUAGCAAUCGUGGCCAUCUUUCGCAGGCUCCUAGACAUGUUUCAGACACAAGGACAGCAUCAACCAAUCACCCCAUACCAGCUGCACCUGCUGUAUCAUCUCAAACACCUUUGCCUUAUCAUGAUCCACUUCAAAAUGAAAUGGAAAGGAUAAACAGAGAGGCAGAGCAAACCGUUAAGAUCCAUGAAGAAACGAAGUUGCAACUGAAAUCUGAUUGCGACAAAGAAAUAGAGGAGAUUCGUAGGAAGUAUGAGAUUAAACUUCAGAAGGCAGAAACUGAAUUUCUGCUGAAAAAAACAGAGCUUGAUGCAAAUCACAAUAAAGUUCUCAUGAACAAGAUCUUGGCUGAUGCUUUCAGGCUUAAAAUUGUUGAAAGUAACUUUACAGGAACACUGCCAGAGAUGGGUUCUGAUUUCAUGCAGCUGCUGUCUCAACUAUCACCUCAGCAAAUGGGGCAAAGGCCUUCUCCUGUCCCUGGGGGCACACCUCCAGCUAGCUUGCCGGCUAUCAUCUCACCUGCAUUGAGCGUGCAAACUGCUUCCCCUCCUGUAGUAACCCCACGAGCCAUGAGCCUGUCUUUGCAGGCUGGUUACAAUCCAUCCAAAGCUUUCUCAGGCACUCCACCAAGGCCCCCUCCCCACAUCAGUUCCAUCACUCCAUCCACUGGAAACCUCCAAAUUGGUAGUGAAAUCCGUUCUCCUGCUCCACAUCUACAUCCUUUCAGACCUUCGAUGUCAAUGCCCCGUGGUAUUCUCCCAUCUCUUUCUCGGGGAGUGCCCAUACAGCAGGGACAUAGGAACUCCCUGACGCCCAGAAUGGCACCGACUGUCAGCCAACCUGGUAGAGCUCACAUCCCAGCCACAUCUGGAGGGUUGCCUAAAUUACCCAACCCUUCUGUAUUAAAUUCGAUAUUCAAUGCCACGAAUCUUUCCAUUGCAAAUCCCGAUCCCCCUAAUACCUCACCCUUGGACAUUGGUUCAAACCUUACCACACCAGUCCAGCUCCAGCCUAGCACGCCAGGUAUGCGGUCUAGCACAACACGGCCCAGUGCAGCGCCUGGCGUUGUUUAUUUAUCUGAUGAUGACUAACUAUUUUGAAAAUCUGCAUACUUAAUAGCCAUAUGUGAAGAGCCAAUUUUGUUAAACUUCUGCUGCAGAGUUCUUCAGCUUUUGUAUCAAAAAAAAAAAAAAAAAAAGUUCUUCAGCUCCAUACCUUGUGGGAGGGAAAUGCAGUAGCUGACUAUUUUGCUGAGGCUGGUCACACUUACGCGCAAGGAACUACUGUUCUUCAUUCUUUUAUAUUAGCAGACGCUAUGGCAAUUGCUUCCCCAGGAUUUAGAGCAUGGUUUCUGACUGAUGUAUUAAAAAAAAAAAAGAAGGGAGUUCUUCCACUUUUUAUUUUUUAUAGGGCUUCUGAAAUGGCUAAUGCAAGGUCAGAAAUUGUAAUUUAAGUUCGCGAGGAACCUUUGGCAUUGUGUAUAUAGUUAAAUGAUAUAUAUACUAAUCCGUAAUAAUCAUUAAUUUUUUGU